GUUAAAUGAACUUUGCUCGAAUUUAGUUUAUAUUAUUCGCCAAACGCGCGGCGACACUAUGACUCUGGGAUCAGCCGGCCCACAGAGUCCUGGCUGGUAGUUUGGGAAACGUGGUGCUGCAUUCGCUGUUGGCUCGUAAAUCGUAGAACCAGCCCUAAACAAAAACAUUGCGAUACGUCUGUUGUUUCGUUCAUCUGUGUUGAAUCAUUUUAGUCACCCUUACAUUUAAGUCAGUUGAAAUCGAACUCUUAGCUCGAACAAAAGGUUUCCAUUCGCCCGUAACGCUAAAAUGGAAAUGUGUCGUUAUUCAAAACGAAAGUGACGUUUUCUUCCGCUGUAGCUUAAGAACGAAGUCUGUAAUGAGUUUAAGACAUGGACGACAUAAACCUUCAUUAUCGCUUUUUGAACUGGAGGAGGCGAAUCAGAGAAAUCCGUGAGGUGCGUGCCGUGCGGUACAAGGAGCGCCUAAAGAGGAUGCUUAGAGACGGCGACAUGCUCAGGUAUCAUGGGAAUUCCGAUGAAGUUGGCUGUUUUGUGGCAGCCAGGCCUUUGUCGAAAAGAAAUCACUACUUUGAAGUGACCAUCGUUGAUACAGGGGUGAGGGGGAUGAUCGCCGUGGGUCUGGUCCCUCAGCUCUACAAACUGGACCAUCAGCCAGGCUGGCUCCCACAGUCUGUGGCCUUUCAUGCUGAUGAUGGCAAACUGUAUAAUGGCAACACUGUGGGACAGCAGUUUGGUCCCAAAUGCUGCAGAGGCGACAGAAUCGGCUGUGGAAUAUCCUUUGAAUCUGAUGAAGGACAACUGACGGUGUUCUUCACCAAGAACAGUAAAGAGGUCGGCAGUGUUGAGAUCCCGGCGUCUCCUGAAGGGCUGUACCCCGCUGUGGGAAUGCACUCCCUGGGAGAAGAAGUUCUGCUGGACCUGAACGCUGAGUGGGGGAUGGAGGAGGAUGACGGACAGAUGAUUGUGGACAGUCAUGAGGAGGACUGGAGCCGUCUCCAUGACAUCAAGGUGACCGGGGUGCUGCUGGAGUACGUGGGCAAAGGCAAGAGCAUCGUAGACGUGGGCUUGGCUCAGGCCCGCCGGCCCCUCAACACACGCUUUCACUACUUUGAGCUGGAGAUCACAGAUGCUGGAGAGAAGUGUUACAUCGCCCUGGGUCUGGCACGCAGGGACUAUCCUAAAAACAGACACCCAGGUUGGAGCAGAGGGUCCAUAGCUUAUCACGCAGAUGAUGGGAAGUUGUUCCAGGGCAGUGGGGUUGGUGAUGCGUUUGGACCACGCUGCUUUGAAGGAGACAUUAUGGGCUGUGGGAUCAUGUUUCCACGUGACUACGUCGCUGAUGCUGCAGACGACUUUGAUGACUGGGAGCUGGACGUCUUCCCGAAGCCCUGCGAGGUUCAGAACGACUUGUAUGCAAAUAAUGAAGAAGAAGAGGAGGAGGGGGAGGAAGAGGAGGAGGGAGAUAACGUACAGGGGAGGAAGGUGACGGUCUUCUUCACACGUAAUGGGAAGGUGGUAGGUCGCAGAGAGGUGGGCUUACCUGUGGGGGGCUUCUACCCCACCAUUGGCAUGAUGAGCACUGGUGAGAAGGUGAGAGUGGACCUGCACCCUCUGAGUGGCUGAGCAGAGAGGAGGGAAAUGAAGAGGCUGGAAUUAAAGCAAAGGACAAAUCACUGAGCUCAGGUACAUGUUGUGAUUGGACGUGCAGUAACACCUCCACGUCUGCAGGUGUCACCAUAAUGUUUGGACACGGAGGAGUCCGUGUGGCUGCUCCAUGCCUUCAGAGUUAUUUAACAAUCUGUUUUAAUGAAGAUAUUGUCAAGACAAUGUUUUCAUUACAGUUGCUGUCAGUGACCUUCUCUCACUCCUGCACCAGAGCUUUAGCCACCACUGAUAGCAGCUUCAAUAUUGACACAUGUGCAUAAUGGUUACUUUAUAAUGAAAUCAUUCUUUACUGUAACAACACUUUUUCACCAGCCUGGUGUUCUAACACUGCAGUGCGUAACUUUGGGUGAAUGUGACCUGUGUGUGGAACAUUACUGCAGUGGUUCCCAAAAUGGGAGGCGGGGCCCCCCAAGACAGCAAAGGUAGUAUCAUUUAAUAUUUUCUUUAUUUGUGCCACAGUGUGUGGGAUUGCACUGAUUUGUAAUUUUAUUUUUUCUUUGUUCGAUGAGAACAGCAUUUUGGUUAAAAAUUCAAUGUUUUACUUUUUUCUUAAGGGGUGGGGGCUGACAACAGUACUGUCAAUAAAAGGGGGGGUGAGGGAGAGGCAUUUUGGGAACCACUGCAGCCCUGUUUGAAAAAAAAAAACAGUUAAAAAUGAUGGAGGAAGUGUGUGUGUGUGUGUGGGUACACACUCUGGUAUCUCAUCAAAAUGCUGAUCAAACACUUGACUCCUCUUCUCAUUAUGCUACGAUGCUGUUGUUUCCUCCUCUUCUCCUCCUCCUCCUCAGCCUUGACCUAAAUGCAAAAGCAUCACUCCUUAUGUGCAGCAAACACAGUCGCUGGACGACACAAACUCCCGACAUGCAUACACACAAACACACACACACACACUAGGCUGAGUCAAAAAGUCCUAAGACAGAUGUAAGGGCUGAAUAUGUAAAGACGCGUCUUGUCACUACGUCUUUGUCAAGUGUUAAACUCUGUUAUGUUUAAAUUUGAGUUUUUUUCCGUUCUCUUUUUAAGGCUUAAAGAAAGUCGAUGUCAGUCCUGAGAUGAGACAAAGACUCAGGUCGUCACCUGGUGACAAAGACAUUUUACAAAGAUGGAAUUCUCAGAUGAAAUCAUUGUUUACAUUAGUGUUUACAGCAAAUGUAUUUUCAUGAAUAAAAUGGCAUAGGUUUGUCUUAGAACCUUUUGACUAGCGUUACAUAAAAGUAAAGGACUUAAAUUCCUAAUAUUCUUUGCAUACAGAAACACAAAUAUUUAUAAAAAAAUAAACCCAGCAGAACACCUAAGAUAAAAUGACACGUUCUCUGGUUCUAAUAGUCACCUGUGUCUGACUGGGCUGCAGUUGUUUUCUUAUCACAACUCGUUCUUCUACAGCACAGUACUUCACUGAUUUUCUGUAAGAUUUGAUUUUCUUUAUUUGUGUAAAACCGUCGGGCCUCACGGCUUCAAAAUAAUCCUGUGUAAAGAGUUUAUCUGAGGGAUAAACUCACUUUAAGACUCUAUGCAAAUAUUUAAAGCAGUGCUUUGUGGAAGUAUCUCCCCCCAGUGUGGGCUACAGCCCAGUGAAUUGGACAGAUUGACAAUGUUGUCAAUUUUUUAGACCUCGGUGAUUUGGGGUUUUGUGAUAUAAUUGGUUUCUGUGUGCAAAGUGAAGUGACGUUAGGUUCUUAACGUGACACCGUGUGGUUAAAAUAUUCUCCCUAACUACGGUAAAUUACGCACUGCAGUUUUAAGAUUUAAAACACUGUUUUGUUUUAACAAACAUUAGGAAAUUACUGAAAUGCCAAAAAAGAAAUGUCUGACAAUGAUAUUAAUCUAAAAAGAUCGGGUUCCAGCUCGAUAAUAAACCCAGCAGCGGCGAAAGACGUCCGUGAAUUUAUGGCUUCAGUCUCUCUGUCAGUUGCCAAAGCAUGUAUGUAUGGAUGGUGUUUGACUGACCCCCAGUGGUCAGAGUGGGUAAUGGCUUCCAAAGAAACGUACGCACGCCGCUGCUCACUGUGAUGUUAUGGGAUGCUAUGUAUCUACGUGCUGAUUCAUUACGACACAUGCAUUGUGGGAAAAUAAUUUCUUAGAAGAUAAAAAAUGAAGCCAAAAU